AAAAAAAUAUCCUCUCAUUAAUCGUUAACAUGGAAGUAGUGAAGAAAAUUCGCCUACAAGAAUGAAUGCUUUCAGAAUGAUUGCUGUACCCUGGUCUUUAUUUGUUAGCUUCCAUGGUUAUGUUUCCUGCUAUGAAAAUCUCAGUAGAAGACCCACAACAGUGCUCACCCAAAGUUCGACCUACAAUGCACAGACAGCAUCAAUUGCUAACGAUGGCGAUGUUCAGACUGAUGAACUCCAUUGUUCUCAUACUGCGCAUAAUCACACAAAGGCAUGGCUACAGGUGGACUUUGGACAGCCUUAUAUGAUAAACAAUGUUAUAAUUCAUUAUAGAAGAGAAGGUGAUGAAUCAUCGUCUUGGAAGCAGUAUCGGUUCAGGCAAUUCUAUCUAGAUGCAUCAAACAAUUCAGCUAUACAGACAACGACGUCACAAAGAACCCGUUGUUACACCGAUAACACGACUGCCCCAGACUUACCUCCAAACAUAAUCGACAUACCUUGUAAACAGACAGCUAGAUACGUCAUUGUGGAGACCACUUAUGACGCACCUGAAGAUGAUUACAUCGAUGAACACGGAGCGAUCCUUGAAAUAUGUGAAAUAAAAGUAUACGGAUGUGGGAAAACCAAUGGGAUUUGUAUAAAGGGAUGCACUCAGGGACAGUAUGGGGACACGUGUGAUGAAACAUGUAGUCAUGGGUGUGCAGGAGGAACUUGUGACCAACAGAAAGGAACCUGCAGUGCUGGUUGUAAACAAAACUGGACAGGGCGUCUAUGUGAUGUUUGUGACGCGAAACAUUACGGACCUGCCUGCUCUAUGGAAUGCAAUAUAAAUUGUUUAAACAAUACCUGCAAUGAUGUAACUGGUUCUUGUAAAGAUGGCUGCGUGUUUGGAAAAUUUGGAGAUUUCUGUAACAAAACUUGUGAUGAACAUUGUGUCUCUUAUUGGCACGAGGAUACCGAGAAAUAUAAGAAAUUGAAGGAAUCGCAUUUGGAAACCCUGUUCAUUUUGUAUGGGAUGAUUGCAGCUCUUUGUGUUAGUCUCAUUGUCAACGGCUGCAUGAUAAAAUGGAAUCUAAGACGUGACCAAUACAAAGGGCAAGACGUAAAUCAAAAGACGAUGAAUAAAAAUUUUCCUCUUCAGGAUUCCAUCUCACCUCAAGAUAUGUAUGAUACAGUGGGGGACGACACAAAAUACGAAGAUUUGGGUCAACUCAGUGGGUCGUCUCACUACGAUCAACUUGAAUUGAUAAAACCUAGUUAAUUGAUAUUCAUUUGUAAUCAGAGGAAUACUGAGUAUGUUUGUUAUAAAAUUAAAGCAAACUAAUUUAUAUCAUGAAAACCAACAAUCAAUUUCAAUGAGAA